CAAUCUUUACUGCAACCCGUGGGUGAAGCGUGCUAUAGUUGUUUUUAUCAAGUGGUUCCCGUAGGAAACGCGGAGAAUUCGCCAAAAUGAGUGGUUACGCUCGGCCACCGCCAAGAAUAGAUGGAAUGAUCUCACUGAAGGUCGAUAACUUGACGUACCGCACCACUCCGGACGACCUGCGACGUGUUUUCGAACGUUGCGGUGAGGUGGGCGAUAUUUACAUUCCCCGUGACAGACAUACACGCGAAAGCCGUGGAUUUGCCUUCGUACGAUUCUAUGACAAGCGUGACGCCGAAGACGCACUAGACGCCAUGGAUGGUCGCAUGUUGGACGGUAGGGAGCUGCGCGUCCAGAUGGCGCGCUACGGCCGUCCGACUUCGCCGCAGCGUCGUGGCGGCGGCGGCAACAGGCACAAUGGACGGGAACGUGGUCGUUCCCGUGAACGGUAUCGUCGCCGAUCGCGAUCCCGCAGCGCCGAGCGUCACCGUCGCACCUACUCACGCUCCAAGUCCCGGUCACCGCGUUCCCGCUCGGGUAGCAAAUCUUCGCGCGGCAAAGAGUCUCGCUCUCGCAGCCCGGCGGAACGUACCGGACAUUAUUAAGUCUCGCAUUGGCGGUGUAUUCGUUUUCGU